CAUGGGAAUUUUGGUUUUAGGGAAUUGAAGAGAUUUGCACGGCUCAUCAGUACCCAGUUCUCUGUCUCCUGUGCAUGUUAACUUGUGAAAUUUUCCUGGACAUCAGACACCAUGGCUAAGAGUCCGAAUAACGCUAAGGAAUGCACGUGGUUGACAUUUCCCGGCUACUGCUACGACCUCAUGGUCAGUGCCACCGAUGAGGCUCUCAAGAGACUCCGACUGAAGGAAGUCUUCAACCGCAUGGUGCAAUUCUCCCAGGAAUAUCCCCUUUUGUUCGUCACAACGGUCGCUGUUAUCCUGACCACUGCCUUUCCCAUCACAAUUUUCUUCCUCUUCGUCAUGUGCUCCGUCAUUUUCGGCUUUACUGGGCUAGUGCUGAUUGAGGGUGCUCUCAUUACAACAGGUUCCCUGGUCAUUUGCGGUUUUAUCGGAAGUCUCAUCGUGAUUCUUCUCGUAACAGCUGCUUCGAUAAUUGCUGGAUACUACGGUCUAUCCCAGAUUUCCAAUCUCUUCUGAAAUCCCGCGCCGGAAAGCGGAAAAAUCCCCAUUGAGUUGUACAAUUAAAAAAACUUGUACAUUAAGCCACCAACAGAUCAAUAAAAUAAACCGGGUUUAAUUAUAA